AUGGUGGAGAAAGAAUCUAAAGGAGAUAUUUGUCGAGUCAAUGUCUCUGAAGCUUCUGAUGAUGAAUCCAUAUCUAACGUAAAUGAUUAUUCAUUUCCUCUACGUUCAAUCCGUUCAACCUGA